CCAGCAGUGUGCGCGCCUCUCUCCUUCCCAGUGCCCCAGAUCUUGCUGCUCGUCAUGCCGAGGUGUCUCCCCCGAGCCGGGCCAGGGCUGCCCGUUUGCCUGGUCCUCCUGGCCGCCACCUGCCUCUUCUCGCCGCCGUCGCAAGCCUGCGGCAUCUCUCGCUACGGAACCCACGACCCCAUGGUGGAGCUGCAGCCGGACACGCUGCAAAGCCUCUUCUUCUCUCGCAGCGCCUGGGUUGUCCAGUUUUACGCGCGCUGGUCCGCCGCCUCCGCCGCCUUCGCCCCCACGUGGCGAGCGCUCGCCCAGGAUAUAAAGGACUGGAGACCUACUUUGAAGCUGGGUGUGAUAGAUUGUGGCAAGAUGUGCAACGAGAAAAUGUGUUCAGACUUUGAAGUCACCGCAUACCCAACUGUGAAGUUUUUAAAGCCAUUCUCUACAUAUGCUGGCGAUAGCAUAAAGUUUGAAGAAAUUAAAGAUGACCCUCAAAGCCUGAGAGAAGCCAUAAUCACCUUUGCAGAGAGACAUCUAACUAGUUGGUGGUCCCCUGAUGCCCCACUGUUGGCUCCACUCAGUACAACAGAAUUUGUUGACUCCCUUCAGGGAAAGAAGGUGGUCCUGAUAUUCGAGGGGGAGGACUCCUUUUUGGGCAGAGAGGUCAUAUUGGACAUGGCCCAGUAUGAAAACAUUGUUGUGAGGAGAGUCUUGAAGAGCAAUGUGGAGCUAGUGACUAGAUGCAAGGUCACCACCUUCCCUUCUGGCUUCCUGUAUUCAAGCAAAGGCCUUUGCACACCCAUCCCUCUGGCAAACAAUUCAAGAUCCUUCUACACAGACUUCCUGCGGACACUACCUGGGGUCCAGAGAGAAAUCAUUGGUACUUCUAAGCCACCAAUAGCAGAAACAAAGGCUACCCCUGACUCCUGGGAGGUAGCAGACAGGACACAGCUGUGCAUGGCUGACCUGGAGAAUGCUGUGCUUUGCAGCCUGCACAGAAUUGAAGUAAGUUUAGCCAACUUCACUGAAGAGCGGCUCUCUGCAUUGAAGCAGUAUGUGCAUAUACUAGCGAAGUAUUUUCCUGAGCGCUCUGCAGUCCACAACUACCUUCUCAAACUGGAAGUGUGGCAGGAGUCCAGCUUGUCAACAAAUAUUUCGCAGGUUGAAUGGAUAGAAGCUCUAAAGGCUGCAAAAGAGGGUCUGAAUGCCAGCUUUCCAGAGACUCCAGACUGUGUGGGAUGUCAAGGAAACAUACCCGGGUUCGAAAGUCAUUUAUGCUCUCUCCGGAUUAUCUUCCACCUGCUGGCAGUGCAGGAAGCACUGAAAAGCGAUGGGGCAAACCCAUCAUCGGAAGUCUUUCCUGCAGCAAGAGAAUUCAUGACAAACUUCUAUUUUUACUCACCGGCUGCAAAGCGCUUUGCAAGCUUGCCAGCAGACUUCAUCACCGAAGUGAAGGACCAAGAUGAGGCCAUUUUCCAGCUUUGGUCAACCUUUACAGGUGCUGAAAGCAAGGACGACGAAAUUCCCAGGACGUUCUGGCCUCCCCAAGACUUGUGUCCAUCAUGCAGUGAAAUUGUGAAUGAGAAAAUUAUGUGGAAAAAGGCAGCUGUUUUGAGCUUCCUCAAAAAACAUUUCUCAAUGGACAACAUUUCCUAGGGUUUCCUGAACCAACUCCUCAUCCCUGCCUUCAAACCAAAACCACACAUAAACAAAUUUACUCACACAUUAACCAUCCAAAGAAACAGGAUAUAUAUUGCUUGAUUCCCUAAAUGAUAGAAGGCACCAACUACUGCACUUUUGGACUGCUGCUUUUACCCGAGCAAGG